AUGUGGUGCAGGAGAGUGACGGCAACUGUCGCUUUCUUGGCUGCGGGGCCUCGGGUGCGGAGUCAUGUGGUGCAGGAGAGUGACGGCACUGUCGCUUUCUUGGCUGCGGGGCCUCGGGUGCGGAGUCAUGUGGUGCAGGAGAGUGACGGCACUGUCGCUUUCUUGGCUGCGGGGCCUCGGGUGCGGAGUCAUGUGGUGCAGGAGAGUGACGGCACUGUCGCUUUCUUGGCUGCGGGGCCUCGGGAGCGGAGUCUUGCGGUGCAGGAGAGUGACGGCACUGUCGCUUUCUUGGCUGCGGGGCCUCGGGAGCGGAGUCUUGCGGUGCAGGAGAGUGACGGCAUUGACGCUUUUUUGGCUGCGGGGCCUCGGGAGCGGAGUCUUGCGGUGCAGGAGAGUGACGGCAUUGACGCUUUUUUGGCUGCGGGGCCUCGGGAGCGGAGUCUUGCGGAGAGUGACGGCACUGUCGCUUUCUUGGCUGCGGGGCCUCGGGUGCGGAGUCUUGUGGUGCAGGAGAGUGACGGCACUGUCGCUUUUUUGGCUGCGGGGCCUCGGGUGCGGAGUCUUGUGGUGCAGGAGAGUGACGGCACUGUCGCUUUCUUGGCUGCGGGGCCUCGGGAGCGGAGUCAUGUGGUGCAGGAGAGUGACGGCACUGCCGCUUUCUUGGCUGCGGGGCCUCGGGUGCGGAGUCAUGUGGUGCAGGAGAGUGACGGCACUGCCGCUUUCUUGGCUGCGGGGCCUCGGGUGCGGAGUCAUGUGGUGCAGGAGAGUGACGGCACUGUCGCUUUCUUGGCUGCGGGGCCUCGGGAGCGGAGUCUUGCGGUGCAGGAGAGUGACGGCACUGUCGCUUUCUUGGCUGCGGGGCCUCGGGAGCGGAGUCUUGCGGUGCAGGAGAGUGACGGCAUUGACGCUUUUUUGGCUGCGGGGCCUCGGGAGCGGAGGCAUGCGGUGCAGGAGAGUGACGGCACUGUCGCUUUCUUGGCUGCAGGGCCUCGGGAGCGGAGGCAUGCGGUGCAGGAGAGUGACGGCACUGUCGCUUUCUUGGCUGCGGGGCCUCGGGAGCGGAGGCAUGCGGUGCAGGAGAGUGACGGCACUGUCGCUUUCUUGGCUGCGGGGCCUCGGGAGCGGAGUCUUGCGGUGCAGGAGAGUGACGGCAUUGACGCUUUUUUGGCUGCGGGGCCUCGGGAGCGGAGUCUUGCGGUGCAGGAGAGUGACGGCAUUGACGCUUUUUUGGCUGCGGGGCCUCGGGUGCGGAGUCAUGUGGUGCAGGAGAGUGACGGCACUGUCGCUUUCUUGGCUGCGGGGCCUCGGGUGCGGAGUCUUGCGGUGCAGGAGAGUGACGGCACUGUCGCUUUCUUGGCUGCGGGGCCUCGGGGUGUGGUUGUUCCAGCUAAGACGCAGAUUGUUUGCCACUUCUCCACCCUGGUUGUGACCUGCGGGGAGCAGCACACCCUACAGAUUGCCCCACGUGACCAGUAUGGGAAUGCAGCCAGUGAGAGUGUGACGGACCUGGAGAGCUAUGCUCUGAGCCUCAGUGAGCUUGGUGUGGUGGGCAUGGCUGAUGGCUGCUGCCAGACAACGCUGUGCCACGGGAAACAAAACCGGGUCCUGAUGCAUCUGACUCUGCUCCAGACGGGGUGUUUCCAGGCGACUCUGCGCUACCAGGGACUUCCAGUCAGCAAUGGCCACUUCAGCGUGAUCGUGCUGAGCGAUGCAGAGAAGGCGGUGGUGGACAGUAACGUGGCGCAUUCUGGCGUGGGCAUUUUCUUUGAGGGCUAUCUAUAUCCGCCUUCUAGUCCACCUAAUGUUUCUGGGCAGCAGAGCCCCUCGGCCCCCUCACAGAAAGGGGACAGCACCCCCUUGUUCAGUGUCCCCGAGCGGAUGAAGAAGCCAAAGAAGGUGUACUUCUACAUCUCCCCCAAGCAACUGUCUGUUAAAGAGUUUUACUUGAGGAUCAUUCCCUGGCGGCUCUACACUUUUCGGGUGUGUCCUGGCACCAAGUUCCUCUACCUGCCUCCUGACCCCCUUCACGGGCUUCUUUCCUUACAAGUCGAUGAUGGGCUGCAGCCCCCCAUAGAGAUCAGCUGCAAGGAGCGGAACAUCAUGGCUGCCACAUUCACCCGUUUCCUGCACCUGAACAUUGGGGGAUCGGAGACCUUCCAGGACAAGGUCGCUUUCUUCCAGAAGGAGCUAAAGCUAAUUCACUGCAAGAAGAACCGCAGCAAAAUCACCCUGAGGGUCAGCCGCCCCUCGCUGCUGGAGAGUUCUCUCCGGGCAACAAGGAACUUCUCUGCCUCCGACUGGAGCAAGAGCUUCGAAGUCAUUUUUCAGGAUGAGGAGGCUCUGGACUGGGGCGGUCCACGCCGGGAGUGGUUUGAGCUCAUCUGUAAAGGUCUCUUUGACACCACUAACAGACUCUUCACACGGUUCAGUGACACGAGCCAAGGCCUGGUGCACCCCAACCCCUUUCGCCCCCCCGGGUUGCGUAUGAAGGUGUAUGAGUUUGCCGGCCGGGUGGUGGGAAAGUGUCUGUUUGAGUCGUCUCAGGGCGGAGGGUACGAGCAGCUGGUGAGGGCGCGCUUCACCCGAUCCUUCCUGGCGCAGAUCAUCGGACUCCGCAUGCAUUAUAAGUAUUUCGAGAGCGACGACCCUGAUUUCUUCCAGUCCAAGGUCCUCUACGUUUUAACCCAUGAUGUGUCUGAUGCUGACCUGGUGUUUGCUGAAGAAAAAUAUGGCCGUGGCGGUCACCUGGAGAAGAUGGUGGAGCUGGUCCCCGGGGGCGCUCACAUUCCAGUCACUAAUGACAAUAAGGUCUAUUAUCUGAACCUCCUGGCGCAGCAUCGUCUGUGCAAUCAGGUGCGAGAAGAGGUGGAGCAUUUCCUGAAAGGCCUGAACGAGCUGGUACCUGAUAAUCUGCUCGGCAUAUUUGAUGAAAAUGAGCUGGAGCUCCUUAUGUGUGGCACUGGACACAUCGCCGUGCAGGACUUCCAGGCUCAUGCUGUGGUCAUUGGGGGGUCCUGGCAUUUUCGGGAGAAGGUCAUGAGCUGGUUCUGGGCCGUUGUCUACAGCUUCACUCAGGAGGAACUGGCCCGUCUGCUGCAGUUCUCCACCGGCUCCUCUCAGCUGCCUCCGGGGGGAUUCGCUUCUCUGUGUCCAAGUUUCCAAAUCAUUGGAGCGCCUGCCCAUGGCACCCUGCCCACCGCUCACACCUGUUUUAACCAGCUUUGUCUGCCGACCUAUGACUCCUACGACGAGAUUCACCGGAUGCUGAAGCUCGCCAUCAGUGAGGGUUGUGAGGGCUUCGGGAUGGUUUGACCUGUGGCCCCUGGAGCAGCGGUGGUCAUCAUCUGAUAGAAGCACAUGAACAGUACUCCAUGGAUACCCCUAGGAGGGGGAGAGCGUACGCGAUGGAGGCACGAGACGGCCAUAGGAGGCUGAGAAUACUUUAUUGGUGUCGGGGUCAGUGCUCGCAGGGAAAUCAACUGAAAAGCUUUUAUUAAAAAAAUUAUCAAAAACGUUUAGUUUUCUUCAUUGUGAUUGGAUGUUAGAACUGCACGGCAGUCAGCAGCGGGGGAAGGGUUAAUGACAGGUGGGGGAUGGGCUCAGCCGUCCGUGAUCUCCACCGGAAUCUCCCAGCAGAAUAGGUCCAUGUUGUUGGCGUCGCGCAGCUCCCACUUCACCACCAGC